AUGGGAGCCCACAUGUCCAAGGGAGAUGUAGCUGUUGAGGGGAAUGUAGCCGCCGACCCUGCUGCCGCCAAAGCCAACGGCCAGGAAAACGGCCACGUCAAGACCAACGGUGAUGUCUCUGCUAAGCCAGAAGGGGAUGCGGCUGCCGCAGAUGGCAACGGCACAGCCGAGCCAGCUAAGGAGGGAGAGGCCGGUGCCGGGGAUGCCAUUGAACCCGCUCCCGCGGGAGAGGGCGAGGCCAAGACAGAGGGUGAGGCGCCCAAGGAUGGAAAGAAGAAAAAGAAGUUCUCUCUGAAGAACUCCUUCAAGUUCAAGGGCAUCUCACUAAAGAAAAACAAGAAGGGCAGCGAAGAGGCCAAGGAGGAGGCCGCCUCCCCCGCGGGCGAGGAGAAGCCUGAGGAGAAUGGCCACACGGCUAAGGAAGUCAAAGAAGAGACGCCAGCCGCCGAGUCUAAGGAGGGCGAGGCCGCCCCUCCAGAGGGAGAGGCCAAGGACACCGAGGAGGCCGCUCCGGCCACGGAGGCUACUCCGGCCGAGGAAGCCGCCGCACCUGCCGCCGCCUCUGCUGAGGAAACGACACCUGCGGCCCCUGAGGGCGACGCCAGUGCGGAGUGA